AUGCCCAAGGUCGUUUCACGCUCCGCAGUCUCAUCCUCCACGGAUGCGCAACCAACUGCAUCAUCAACAGCGGCACUGCGGGUCUAUUAUUGCAUUUGCGGAGAGUUCAUCCUUGUCAUCGACAAAAGCCUAGCUUCCCUGCCCAAGCGCAAGACAGACGGAGCGACCAUCGUCCGUACGCGGGAUGAUGCGCUUGGGAAGGCCAGGAUCUUCAAGCUCAAUGCGACACCCAAGGAUCCACUCUUGGUCGAGCGGGAAGGCGGUCACGAACGGCAGUAUAGAUUCCAUUGCCCUCGAUGUACCCUCCCGGUCGCCUAUCAGUCAACACCGCCUCCAGCGAAGUCGGGUCCGUUCCUGUACAUCAUCAAGGGUGCACUGAGUCAAAUUCAAGGGCAGGUGCCUCCAGAUGCGUUCGAUGAUGAUGGGUCGCGAGCAUAA